GUCACGGAAGUGGGCUGAAGGCUGAUAGUGAGAAUGAUGCGCUGAUUCUGGUUAGUUUCGUCUUCACUUUGACACUCUCCGGCGAUGUUUGAUUAAAAGCGGCUCUUUGUGGUGUGCUCCCGCUGUAUGUAGGUAUGCAGAGUGGCGUGGACUACAGCGAGCUGGGCGGAAGUCUUCCUGCCAUUGCCUCUCUGAACGCCUCAUAUUCCCAAGCGUCUCUGUCCCUGCCUUCCCCGUAUUACCGCCCGUUGCCCCCAGGAGAGAGGAAAGCCUUCUCUGAUGUACGCCGAACAUUCUGCCUCUUUGUUACGUUCGAUCUCCUCUUCAUCACUUUGCUUUGGAUCAUUGAAUUAAAUAUCAAUACGAGUAUAUGGACUAGUCUUGAGACAGAGGUCGUUAAAUAUAAGUUCAAGUCAUCUUUCUUUGAUAUUUUUAUUUUAGCUGUGUUUCGGUUUCUGUGUUUGCAGCUUGGUUAUGCCGCAUUUCGACUGAGACACUGGUGGGUUAUUGCGAUCACAACUCUGGUGACCACCACCUUUCUCAUUGCAAAAGUCAUCUUGUCAGAUUUGUUUAAUCAGAAUGCAUUUGGCUAUGUUCUUCCCAUCACCUCGUUUGUGGUGGCGUGGUUGGAAACCUGGUUCCUGGAUUUCAAAGUCCUCACACAGGAAGCAGAGGAUGAGAGAGUGUAUCUGGCAGCAGUUAAUGCAGCAUGUGAGCGGGCACCCAUCAUAUGCCCCAGAGCCGUGUCUGAUGGCCAGUUUUACUCACCACCAGAGUCACUGGCAGGCUCUGAAGAAGACCUUGAUGAAGAGGGUUUGGGCAGGAGAGCAGUAACAGAACAAGAAAAAGAGUUUGUAAGACAGGGACGGGAGGCGAUGGCAGUGGUUGAACAGAUAUUGACACAAGAAGAGAACUGGAAGCUUGAGAAGCGUAGUGAUGUUGGGGAUGCAGUACAUACACUGGAAAUCCCGUUCCAUGGAAAGACUUUUAUUUUAAAGGCACUCUUGCAGUGUACAGCAGAGCUGGUGUAUCAGGAGGUCAUUCUGCAGCCAGAGAAGAUGGUACAGUGGAACAGGACGGUGUCUGUCUGCCAGAUUUUGCAGAGAGUGGAUGAUAACACGCUGGUGUCGUAUGAUGUGUCUGCUGGAGCAGCUGGAGGUGUCGUAUCUCCCAGGGACUUUGUGAAUGUUCGUCGGGUGGAGCGCAGGCGAGACUGCUACAUCUCUGCAGGAAUGGCGACCAGUCACAGCUACAAACCACCUAACAGUCGCUACGUCAGAGGGGAGAAUGGUCCUGGUGGAUUUGUUGUGUUAAAAUCCAGCGGUAAUCCUUCAAUUUGUACCUUCAUCUGGGUGCUUAAUACAGACCUCAAGGGUCGCCUCCCCCGUUAUCUCAUCCACCAAUCACUGGCGGCCACCAUGUUCGAGUUCAUGUCUCAUCUCAGGCAACGUAUAAAUGAAGUCCACGUCUCCUACCGGUGAUCUUUGAUGUUUUAUCCAACUUCAAAAUUACACAUCACUGUGCCAUAGUUCAUUGUUCUGUACAGUUGCUAUGAGCAGAUACAGUGCUAUUUGGAGGUUGUUACAAGCAUCUACAAAACAUUUGGCUGAACUUUGUACGGAAGCACGUUGUGUCGAAUCUCUGUAAUAUUGCAGCACAUGGACAUGAGUUCAGAGCAUACUGUCAAACUCUACAUGAUGAGACGGCAUUGGUUUGAGACCUGGCGUCUACAGGAAGUUGUUGGAGAGCUUCACUUGUGCAGUUUGUGGUAUGUAAAAGGUCUUAAGAAAUAGCUAUAUUAAUCAGCUGUGCCUAAAACCACUGUUUCUGCCGUGGCAACUUUUCUAAAUGAAAUUCCGAGCCAAUCAUGCUGCGAUUUUUCUUUCCGUUUUUUACUUAAGCCUUAAUCAAGCGUGCACACAUAUUAAUACUAUUAAUAAUUCUUGUUUUUUAGUUCUUAUGUUUAUAAUGGGCUCUUGUUGCCAAAACAUUGAUGCUGUAUUAGUUGAUGAUAAUAAGUAAAGGCAUUUAUACGUGAUGUAUGUACAUGGCAGCACCUUUCCUGUGAAGGUUACAAAAACACUGACCUAUGUCUAAUCGGGUGAAUCUUUCGAAACCUUUCCGGGUCAUAUUUCACCUAAAAAUCAAAAGAAAUAAAUUUAGCUAAAAAGGAAAACGAUUAUGCCUGUUGCUUAAAGAUUAAGUUUAUUUAAGAACUGUUAAGCUAUUUUGCAUUGUGACAUCAUUUUCAUGGCAAUUUAAGUACAUUUUAUGACCAUUCUCAUUACCGUAAUGCAAAAGAAAUCUUAUUCUCACUAUUAUAAUGCGAACACAUAUUGUUAUAAUAUUUUCAUUGUAAAGUAUUAAAUCAUGAUGCAUUACAGUGAUGAGAUACAUGCACAUAUUAUUUUAUUUUUUUGUGGCUGCAGUGAAAUAUGACCUGGACAUAUUUUUGUAAGAUUCACCCACUAAUGCUUACAGUAAAGAGUAUGAUUAUGAAUUUAUGUAUUUAAUCAAUGUAACCGGUUAACUUGUACCUGAAUCGUUUGUUGUUGACACUGUUGUUCAGAAUAUCUGCAGAAACAAAUGUGCUGCAAUAAGAAAACCCAAGAAACAAACGUCUGCGCUGGGCUUUUUUCUUUUCUUUUUUUUCUUAAAAAAAGGUGCAGUGCAUCUCAAACUAUAAGGAAACAGGCCCUUGUUAAAAGGUUGUAUUAUUUGAUAAUAUUUCUCCUCUUUCUGGAAAAUGUGUGAUUGUGCAACUGAUAAAGUAUUGACCGUAAUGCUCAGUCAUUUCUCUAACAAAUAGUUUUCUCAAAGAGCAUUACUGUCAAUAUUUUAUUAGUUGCACGAUCACACAUUUGCCACGUGCCCUCAUAUUGUUAGAGGAAAUAACAGUCUAUAGUCGUAAAAUGAAACAGGAAACCAAUAUAAAGUUGAUGAUUAGUACUUUUAUUCAGUAAUAUAAUGUGAAUGUGUCCUUCCAAUAGCCUUGAAGCGAUUUAAAAAAAUAAAAUACUGUUUGCCACUGUUUAAUAGAGAGAAAUAAACACUCAGAUAUUACAGUGUAUUUGCCUUCUCUUACAGGAAGAACACAUUACAAAUAUAUAGGGUGAUUUACCCAUAAUGUAGACGCUCAUGCCAUUUUAUUUAAAUAGUAUUUUGUAUUGCAUCCUUGAUGAUUUGUUUUAAUGUGCCUUUGUUACACUGAAUUCACAGGUUCAGAAUUUUUCAUUUCGUUUUGUUUAUCUAGAUGUUUUUGUACACCUUUAAUGACUAACCACAUUUACUCAUUUCUUUUUGCAUAGCCUUAUGCAGUUCACUUGAAUUUACUUUCAAUUCAGGUUCUGUUUGAAUGUGUUAUUUUGAUACUGAUUUACAGGAAGGUAAUGUAUGUAUACUUUUGUCAUGUAAUCAAAAAAAUAUAUCACAAUUCUGUUUUUAAAUGAUAAUUCAACAUAUAAUAAAACGAACAAACAGUUUAUACAGGAUGUGUUUGCUACCUGUUGCACGUGUGUGUGUGUGUGUGCGCGUGUGUGCGCGUGCGCGCGUGUGUGUGUGUGUGUGUCACGCAUUACAUAUCAAUGUUAAAAUAAAACACUUU